UUCAAAACAUAAAACUUAAACUUAUAUCUUCAGUUUCAAAAGCCUUCUUCUUCUACAAGAACCUCAACACAUAAUUUCAAGAUUGUUCUCAAAGAAAGAUGGCUUAUUGGUUAACUGAAAAUGCCACUGAAGCCUACAUCAAAUCCAUGAAAAUGGGUAAGAUUGGUAAUGAGCCGGAUAUAGCAGAGUUCAUUUCCGCGAUUGCAGCCGGAAACAAUGCGCAGCUCAUGGUGGUUGUAGGUGCUGCCAGCGCCAGGUCCACCACCCUAGGCCUUGUGGAGGCAGCUGAGCAAACCGGCGGGCACGUGAUCAGCAUUUUUAAAGAAACAGAAGAGCUGCAAUCCUCGAAACAAGCACUAGGAUCAGACGCAAGCCGAGUUGACUUUAUUGUUGGGGACGCAGAAACUCUGCUGCUAAACUACUACCGAAACGCUGACCUCGUGGUUAUCGAUUGUAAUCUUGAGCAUCAUGAGCAGAUUUUAAGCGCCAUACAGGGAAACGGGCGUGAAAAGAGUACGAUCGUGUUGGGAUAUAACGCGCACUGGAAAGACUCGUGGCGGUGGAGCAGAUCGAAUAGUCAUUUGUUGCCUAUCGGAGAAGGGCUGUUGUUGAUGAGAAUAGCCGGAAAAUCUGAUAAUGGCGGGGUCGGUGGUGGUAAUGGUAAGCAUACCCGCGGUGGCAGCCAUGGUGGAAGUAAAAAGAGUCAUUGGAUUGUUAAGGUAGAUGACUGCACAGGUGAAGAACAUGUUUUUAAGGUGAAAUCACCGGGUAGGCGAGUUGCGAAAACUUGAACUGUUUGGAUGUCUUGAUACAAUGACUCUUGAGUUUUGGAAGGUUAGAUCUUUUAGGGACUAGUUGAUUCUUGGAGGUAUAUACAAUAGCUUAUGAUGUAAUUGUAUUUCUGGAUUUUAAUUUGAUAACAAAGAGGGUUAUCAUUUGUAUGUUA